AUGGACACAUUCAGCACCAAGAGCCUGGCCCUGGAGGCGCAGAAGAAGGUGCUCGGCAAGCUGGCCUCCAAGGGGCUGGCCACGGCGCUCCUGGACCAGGCGAGCAGCGAGGUGCUGGACGAGCUGUACCGGGCCACCAAGGAGUUCACCCACAGCCGCAAGGACGCGCAGAGGCUGCUCAAGGACCUGGUGAAGGUGGCGCUGAAGCUGGCGCUGCUGCUGCGCGCCGGCCAGCUGGGUGCGGCCGAGCUGGAGACCCUGCGCGUCUUCCAGGCCCGGGCACGCCGCCUGGCCAUGACAGCCGUGAGCUUCCAGCAGGUGGCCUUCACCUUCGACCGGCGGGUACUGGCCUCGGGGGUGCAGGAGUGCGCGGAGCUGCUGCACCAGGCCGCCGGGCCGCACCUGUCGGCCAAGUCCCACGGGCGUAUCCAACGGGUGUGCGGCCGCUUGGCCGACGGCGACUUCCUCUGCGCCCUGUACAGCCCGGCCGAGCCCUACCUGGGCCACCUGCGGCGCCUCUGCGACGGGCUCACGCGGAUGCUGGACGAAGGCAGCUUGUGAGCGGGGACCCUCGCCCCCAAAGCCACCCCGAGGAUGCUGGAGACUUUUUGCGCACGUGCCUUUGCGCCCUUUGGAGAGGUUGCGCCUCCCAUCCUGGAGAGCGGACCUCUAGCUCUAUGCACCCCAGAAACACUGCCUGCUGCCCCUCUGCUACCCGGACCCCGUUUGCACCCUUUCAAUCCUCUCCCUGGCACUGGA